GCUGCCUGGCUGGCAGCACCUGGGACGUCUAUUUAGGGGUCCUGAAAUGGUACUCCUCUGGGGAGAAGAGCAGUGGAGCAGAGCGCAGUCCCUUCCAUGUGAUCGGACACAGGACUCUAUUUAUAUCAUGCGGACAGAUAGGCCCCCCGACCACCCUCAUGCAAGGGCAGAGGGACGCCAGAGGACAUAGCCUACUCCUGCACAUAUACUCACCCACACAAACAUACACUAUGCCAGAGGGACACUCACACUACCUUUUGAACUACUUUUAAAGAUUAAGAUGCUGGAUGAAUUUCCCAGCCAUGGAUGACUUGGACCACAGUGUUCACAUUGCUGAGCGUGACUGGAAUAGCUUCUACGAGGAGAGCGAGGAGUGUAACCUUGUCCAGGCAGAGCUAGCUGGAAUAGAUGACUCCGGCCUCAGUGACGAUGAUGAGCCUGCAAAUCCACCCCUGGAGGUGUUCACCACAAAGUGUGCAGAGGAUGCGUGCCUGGGUUGCAGCACUGCAUCUCCACUAAACCACGAGGAGGAGGAAGGAGCAGCAACCGCAAUAAAUCAAUCCCAACACGACAUACUGACCUCCGAACAAGAGUCUAGCGUCAGCCUUGAAGAGGAGACACAGACACAAGUCUCUCAUCCUGUCCCUGUGCCUUCAGAGGUCCCUAAAGAGGUAGAUGGUGUGGAUCAAGAGGAUGUGGACGUGUGGACGUGUAGUCCAGACGUGACCCAAACAUCAGAAACACAGAGCGAAGCGGAGAAGCGUGGUGGUGAAGCGGACUGUCCGGCCGAAACGGACCCCACGGCUGAGAGGAAGGAGAAAGAGCGCUGGUUUGUGACCGUGAACGACAGUCCAGUGCAACUCCGGUGCCGUCCUGGCGCCGCGUGUCAAAAAAAAAAAAGAAAAAAAAAAACUUCUAGGAGGACAGCCCGCAGCGUUGCCGGGUGGGAGCCAUACUUAUCGCAGUCUGAGACAGAAGCCGAGACAGAGAGAUGUGAAGAGAGUAAAUCAGACCUAACAGAGAUGACUGAGAAGUGUCGUUCCACAGUUUCACAGCUCCCAGAAAGACUUGUGUCAUCAGAAAACAUUCACAUUAUGCCACAGGAUCAAGCUCUUGAUCUAAAAACAUUUGAUUUACCUGAUCAGCAAACAUUGUGCAAAAAACAAGAAAAUGACUGCAGGUCAGCCAACCUAAGUGUUGACCAUUUAAACCAGAACAAACAGUUCACUACCCAAUCACCUCUUCUUUUCUCUGCCUCUGAAAAUCCCCCCUCUAUCCAAAUUUCCAAAUUAUCUUCAGAAAAACAAAACAACCCUCUACCCCAAACACAUAAGUGCAUAGCAGAUAAUAGUAGCCCCAAAUGUCCUGUAAUUAGGUUGAAUGAAACCACAUCAGCUGACUCAAGCAAAACAGAAGAGAAUCCACUAGGGAAUCCAUGUAAGACAUGUGCCGACCCUUUAGAUCCUCCUCACACUACUGACCCGCUUCCUAAGCGCUUAGCAACCUUCAACACUGACGGAGGCGAAGCCCCUUCUCCACUGCCAGAGGAUUCUGAAACCAAAGCCUGGGUCAGCGAGGAGUCACUCACUGAGGCACUUAAUCCUGCUCGCCCAGUCUUUGCUAUUUCCUCAUUCUGGGAUGAGAUGGAAAAGCUGACAAUCAACGACAUACUCCAUCUGCGAUGUGGGGAUGACCAAUCUCCAUCAACAGAUGCUUACCAUUUGCAUGAAAGUAUAAGUCUCCCCAGUACAUACAACAGUAGCCCUCUUGACCCUACGGAUACCUGUGAACAGGACAUGGAUGCUUUAGACAAUGCCGAUUCCGACUAUUUCACGCACCUGGAUGACUCCAAACCAGACCGCUCGAGCUGCGAGUUCUCCACUUUCUCUGAUUUUGACGAGGACCUCCUGCAAAUGAUCAACACCAGCUGCAGCGCCAGCCCUGAACCACAGGAGAACCUGAGGGAGCAAGCUCAAACCCUGACGUUCUCCGACUUGCCAUACUCACAAGCAGCCCUGGCUGAAGAAGACAUGGAGCUCGCUAGGCGGCCCGAGCCCGAGUCUGAGUUCCCACAACUCUACUUUGAUACGGGCAUCCCGCUGCUUCUAUGUUCAGACGCAGAAUCAAGUUCACAGACCAUAAGUCCUGCUGGAAGUGAGUACAGCAUGUCUGCUCUGGAGUCAGAGAUUGUGAGGGAGGCUUGUUUUACGAAUGUCCUGCAAGACGAAGGGGGAAACCAAAUGCUAUUUUUCCCCUAUGAGGAGACCCAGGAUACUUCCUUGCUCUUGGCAGAAUGUGACAUUAUGAUGGCAACGCAAUCACCUCUAUCCACUUCCAGUUUUCUGGAGGAUUCCCACGUGAUCUCCUUCACUGAGAUGACUUGUAAAGAUGCUAGUAUAUUCAACAGACCCAGUUCGGACGACUCCCUUCAAACGUACUCAGAAAAGUUGUCAGUGCCAGAAGCUUAUGACUAUUUUUUCUCAGACUUUGACGAGAGGAACCUUUUCUUCCCACUAAAGCAUGGGCUAAAGGGAGGGGAAGCCCAAACGGUCCCCAUUUUCUCCUGCUCACGCUCUCUGGUCAGAGACUUAACAUUUCCGGAGGUGGAACAAUUCAUCGAAUCAGAGGAGGAGGAUAACUGGGCCCCGAUACGGGUGAUAUCUCGCUUUAGCGUCCAGCAGGGCUCAGGAAGCUCUUCCUCGGCGGCUGCAGGCGUCUACCUCUACAGUGGACGGAGCUGGAAGAGCAUGCUAUCUCUGAGGAGGACCAGGCUUGCUAGGAUGAGGAGCAGCUGGUGCCAGAGGGCCAAAGCCUGGAUGUCUCCAGGGAUGUUCUUCAGGGCGCUUCGGCGCUCCACCUCCGUAGCUGAUGUGACCCGAGGCACCUGCUCCUCUCUUCAGGUGUUCCAUCUUGGUGAUCCCAUCCUCAGGAAGCUAGCACUGGAGCAGAUACGACUCCCAGACCAGCCUAAUGCAUUCAAAAAGAAAUGUUUCCUUUUCUCUAUGAGGCAAUCGGACAUGUGUUUAGUUUGCAUUGCCUUUGCAUCUUGGGUGCUGAAGUCUACAAAUCUACAAAGCAGAGAUACCUGGAAGGCAGCUCUUCUGGCAAAUGUGAGUGCAAUAUCAGCCAUCCAGUACUUGAGGCGUUAUAAGCGUUAUAAGACUGCUGAAGAUGAGCCGUGAUCCAGCAAGUUUUUUUUAAAAGGGGCCAGAACAAGGAAAUCAUUUUUCACACAUUCGAUAACUUCAAAUCCACAGAUAACUCCAAAUCCACAGAAGUGCUGUACAAUCAUGUACAGUUUUUUAAAAAUAUAACUUUCUUAUUUUAUCUCAAGGAUUCCCAGAGAAUAAAAGAAAGUGAAUCUGUAUCUGCAUUUACAGUGGAAAUUGUAUGGUCGCAAGUGUAAUUUCCAUGUAGAAGGUUGAUUUGGACCACAUUACAGCACGGUGUAUGAGGGUAAGGUUGUGUGUCUGUCAAAAAUGUUCAGGGUAUGUCUAAGGAUGCAAUGUCAAAUAAAUGAAACACAGAUAAUAAUGUCUGAACUACAUUAAUAUAUAAUUAAUAUAAAUAUUAAUAAAUAAUUCUAUAUAAUAGAGUUUUUACAACCAAGGUUCCUGACAUUGGUUGUAAAUCCAGUAUUGGUUUGUACACAAGGUCCAGGGAGCAUAAUUACAGGAGAUGAUUGUGUCCAGAUUAAAACAUAGCUGGGCAAGCUGCAAAAAGACAAAUGAAUGUUUCUGACUGAUGAGUGGUUUUCACUGAUCAAUCUUUGUAGUCAAUGACAGACUUAUCUUACGGUUGAAGGUAACUUUAAGGUUGAUGUGUAGCUGGAAGGUGUUACAAGUGAUUUUAACUGGCUUUAUGAAGCGUAUGUUUUCAAGGUAGCAGGCCAAGGUUGUGAUGUAAGGAAUGCUUAAUGGGUGUCUGGAUAUACUGUAGGAAAGACAAGUGAGUUAUCUGCCUUGUUAUCUGUUUUGCUGAAGGUUGUUAGUGGUUUUAUCAGAAGACUAGUGUGUGAUUGUGAGAAACAAUACAUUUAUACUUGUGUCUUUACAAAUCGUCCCCUUAGAAUUAUAAGGUUGUCAUUUUUUUCAAAACUGAGUUAUUGAAAUAUUCUUAUUCUGUGCCAACUUCAUAAGGCGAGGCGAGGUGUUUCUUGAAGCUGAAUGCGUUUUUGGCUUGCUCCACUUAUCAAUAUAACUCUAUGGAACGCCAAGGAAUUUGAAAAUUCAAUAUCUCAGAGCUACUAAGAAUGCAGAUAGAAGCCUAUAAUUCCAAGGGGACAAACUAUAUUGACAUUUGUGCCAAUAAUUGUUAUUCAACUGUGAGUGACUCAAACCCUUUCGGACAUGUUUUCUUUAAGAUUUAUGGUGACUAAAUUGUGACAAACAAUGCAUUUACAUGUGUCUCAACAAAUACAAUGACAUUUGUGUGCACAAAUAUGAUCAAAUUAUAGGCAACAACGCAAGAGCACCCAUGUGUUGUUUGAGAUGUAUGUUGACUGAAAAUAAAUACGUACUGUAACUGCGGAAUCA